UCGAAGCAGAAGCAGAAGGAAAAGGGCAUCAUCAAGAACCCUAAUAAUUACAAUGGGAAGAGCACCUUGCUGUGACAAAGCCAACGUCAAAAGAGGACCAUGGUCACCUGAAGAAGAUGCCAAACUCAAAUCUUAUAUCGAAGAACAUGGCACCGGAGGCAACUGGAUUGCUCUACCUCAUAAGAUUGGUCUCAAGAGGUGUGGCAAGAGUUGUCGCCUUCGAUGGUUGAAUUACCUCCGCCCAAACAUCAAGCAUGGAUCUUUCUCCGAAGAAGAAGACCACAUCAUUUGCACCCUUUAUCUCAGUAUUGGCAGCCGAUGGUCUAUUAUUGCUGCACAAUUACCUGGGCGAACCGAUAAUGAUAUCAAGAACUACUGGAACACGAGGCUAAAGAAAAAACUUCUGGGAAAACAGCGUAAAGAUCAACAAUUAUCAAAGAGAAGUGGCCUAAACAAGCAAGAAAUGAAGAGAGAAGUUCUUGAAGAUUUCAAGGCACCAGCUUUAUGCAUGAGUAUGAACCUCUAUCAAUCUUACUGGCCUACUACAGAUUUCCCUAAUUUGAUACUUACAAACCCUGAUCAUGAUAAUCAUCAAGAACAACUUCAUGCCAGAAACCAAGAUACCAUCACAAGUUUUGAUGAUCAGUACCCUUUUGAUACAUCCUCAAAUCAACCCCAAUUGUUCGAUCAAAACAGCGAGAAACCUAUCUCAACUGUUUAUCACCCCCAAUUGCAAAACACGCCAUACAAUCUUCUGAAUGGAGAUCAUGGUUUAAAUCUGUUUCAAGAAUUCAACAACUACCCAUUUGGGAUCAAUGAAUUGGUCUACAACAGCACACAAUUAGAGCAGUUUGAUCAUGGGUUGGUAGGCGGUUUGGAUAACCUCAUCACUGGAAGCAAUUGUACUAGCUCUUCUGCAGAAAGUACUCCUACCUGGGGAGAUCCUCUUGUAUGCCCUCCUCAAAUGAUGCUAACCUAUGAAGAUUGCCGACAUGGGCUGCUACAAAAUUGUGCUCCUGAUCAGCAGGCUCGUCGGUUUCAAUAAGAUUUUUAGAGACGGUAGAGAUUAGCAUUCGAUCGAGAUGGUGUUGAUUUCGUACCCAUUUGAGGACAAAUCGUGUUGGCAUUUUCAUGGGGUAUUUAUUUAAUUUGUUUUCUUUAUUCACUAUCACUU